CAAUUCAUGUUUUUGCCGCAAAGCUAUGAAUGAUGCUCCGUAGGAUGUCCAGCCUCUUUUCCUUAAGUUCCCGGCCGCAGGCCCUCUUUCGAUUAGCAAGCACCGCCAAUCGAUCAGUAUGUCGCAGAAAUUUCAAUCUGACGGCUGUAGUUCGACAGACCAGAGAUGACGACCUCUUCUCAUCUGCGACUCUGUCUGGAACCCCAGUAUCGGAGGUCUCGAAGUCCACCACCGUCCAAAAAGCUAAAUCUCAGGAUGCCGCUGCGCGUCGAGAACGACAGUUCUACGAACUUGUGGAGUACGUGACCGACCGCACGGGACGCAAACGUGCUGUCAAAGCCGGUCAAGUGCGCCAAACUGCAUGGCCUCGGUUGUUCCAGCUCGCAAAUUCGUCAGAACAGCUGGAAAUGGUAGCAGAGUUGUUUCCGAGGUGGAGAGACUCAGGUAAGGAGUUCCGCCCCAUACACGCAGAGGCUUUCAUCCGUCGCUGUGAGGAGCUGAAGUGCCCGACACUCGCACUCAAGGUUUUUGGAGACCAUUCGAAAUACGGUCUGGGUUUGAGCUCUCUCUUCGCCGCACGACAUAUGCUGCACUCCGUCUAUGACAAGCGCCCGCUUUCGGACUCUAUGACUGUCGCAGCUCUAUUUGGCGUCUACAAGCUCCCACCUGUUUCGUCUGACCUCGCUGCUUGUUCCAUGCUCUACGUUGCAUGUCUUAAAGAUAAUUCUGCAAAUGCGCGUGCUGUCGAAGACAAACCUCCCGUUAGGGCUCCACAGGAAAGCGCGAUGAGGGCAAGAUAUGCUGAGAAGCCCAAUAUUUGGUUGUUGGACGCCCUCAAGACGAUCGAGAAGGUACACAAAAAGACGGGAAAGGAGUGGAGGUGGAUACGAUACUGGACAACAGAGCGUGAAUGGCGUCCUCGCAAUACUUUUACUCCCAUACAACCUGCAACUACCGCUGACCACGCAUAAUCACAGCUCCUUUAAUCACCAGUCGAAUGUAAUGGAUUUCGUUUUAGAGCAGCAGCUUGUUAGGCUUGAAGACUCGCCGCGCGCAUUCUGCAUCUUUCAUAAACAUUAACCGUUGAUUCCGUCUAUUGAGUUUUCGAUUGUUA